AUCGACAGUCAUCACUGCUCAUCAUCAUCGCCAUCAUCAAACUUCUCUCUCUCACUUCUCUUCUCUUCUCUUCUUCUAAACCCAACCAUUUCUCUCCUAUCUGUUUUUCGUUUCAAAAAACCCAAACCCAAACCCAACCUUAGCUUUAGCUUCCAUGGAAGAGGGUCGAGUUUACACUAAUCUUUACGACUACUUCUCCCUAACCCUAACCCCUUAAACUGGCCACCACACUUUUCUAAUUGCUCUUGUUUAAUCUUUGUCUCGGUUUCUGAAACUGUUAGAUGUUUGAGUGAUGGAUAUAGCGCCUUCCAUCACCACCACCACCGCCAGCACAAAGUCCCCGGAAGCCGACAGUGAUACUCCGACCCGGAUCCAGCCAGCCAAGCCCAUCUCCUUCAGCAACGGCGUCCUCAAACGUCACAACCCAACCCACCACCACCACAGCCACCACCACAACAGUAACAUACCCGUGACGCCUGUAGUCGUCAGCUACAAAGAAUGCCUCAAGAACCACGCCGCCAGCUUAGGGGGACACGCCCUCGACGGUUGCGGCGAGUUCAUGCCUUCCCCCACCUCCACCCCAUCCGACCCCACCUCGCUAAAAUGCGCUGCCUGCGGAUGCCACCGCAAUUUCCACCGCCGUGACCCGGAGGACAAUAUCCCGGCUGUAGCUCCGGCGACUCAUGUCAUCGAGUACCAGCCCCACCACCGCCACCACCCGCCUCCGCCAAUCAUCGGACACCGAAGCCCCAAUUCAGCUUCCCCGCCACCGAUCUCCUCCUCCUACUACCCAUCAGCUCCCCACAUGCUGCUAGCUCUCUCCACCGGACUCUCCGACAAUCCGAACAACCACCACGGCGGUCAGAUUGUCUCCCCCGGCGGGCCUAAUUCCAGGAAGCGGUUCCGGACCAAGUUCAGCCAAGAACAGAAGGACAAGAUGUUCCAGUUUGCGGAACGAGUCGGGUGGAAGAUGCAGAAGCGCGACGAGGACAUCGUCCAUGAGUUCUGCAACGAAAUCGGAGUCGACAAAGGUGUUCUCAAAGUGUGGAUGCACAACAACAAGAACACUUUCGCUAAGCGCGACGGUGUCGUCAGCGGUAGCGGUGGCGCUCUUAACGGCAUUAGCGCCACCGUUACGGCUAGAAUCCCCAACAACACCUCUCUUGAUGAACAACUCCACAACAACAUGAACGGUAACAACAACAAUAACAACACCAGCAACGACGACGACGAGGAAGACGAUCAUCCGAACCACCACCACCACAACGGCGGUGGGAGCCUGGGCAACAUCCCGAACCCGAAUCACCAUCACUACCAGGUUGGCCGCGAUCACCCGCACGGUGUCACUAACGGUGGUUCGUCAUCUUCUUCUUGAUCCUUUUGGAAGAAUAAUUAAUAAGGAAGAGAGUACUUAAUUAGAGAAGCUCAUCAUAGAGUAAGAGAAGCCAGUACGUAUUAAUCAAGACUAGCUACCCCAGUUUAAUUCCUUUUUCGUUUCUUUUCUCUUUUUUCUCAUUCUGUUUAGUUUAAUCAAUGAGAUAAAUCACUUUGUUGAUGCUGAGGAUGUUAAUUAUAACCUGGGGAGCAGCUAGCUAGAGCUUUGGUUCAUGAUUCACAAAGGGAAAUUAAUCAAUUAAUUUGCAU